UAAAAAAAGAAAAUGAGGGUGAGUUCAAAUCACCUACACUAUACCUGAUUUCCUUGGGACGGUCCCGCGUAAGGCUACGGCUGCAUUUAUUUAUUUCUGCAUGGAAAAUGAAGCAGGCGCACCAGCCAAAGGAUAUUUAUGGACAUCGAGUCAAACCAAGAUUAUGCAUCUCAUAGAAACAAAGACGGCACAUCUGAAUGGAAAACAAACAAGGCGAUAAAACCACACAGCUAUUUUGGCACCUGCAUUAUUACUCUUACUGAAAGCACAGCGAGGGGGAGAGAUAGAGGGAGCACCCGCCUGCGCAAGAGCUAAAACUGCGUGCUUCGAGCCAGAAGACAGCUGCUUAUUUGCCUUGUUUAAACCUGCAUUGUUACAUUAAAAACGUGUGCUGAUGAAGGUGAAGCGCCCUCUUGGAUAAGUCGGAGUGCCUGGGGAGGAUGCUGCAGGCUCUCAGCAGGAGCAGGUGCGUUCACCCAAGUGGAGGAGCAGACCACAGAGCAGGAGCGACGCACAGCCACCGGACCACAUCACCUGCUCCAAAGGAAAGCCCUUUGUUUUGACGGACUGAUGGUUAAUGCGCUUUUUCAUCUCAAAAUAACUCGAUUUUCCCCUCCAACUUUGACCUGGUAACCAGGAGAUUGUGGGCACAUUUAAACUGGUGGACGCACAGCUCAUUUGGGAUAUAUUGUUAUGAAAAAAGAAUAACAGUCAAGGUCCGCUCUGUGGGCUUCUCGUAAGACUGCUUCACUGAAAUCAAUCUUCUUCUUAUCAAGGACAGAAUCAUCUGCAAGGAUGCCCGGGGCACUUUUUUCAACGCAGUCCCUCUACAUAGGAAUGGAGGUGGUGAUUGCACUGGCGUCCGUAAUCGGGAAUGUGAUGGUGGUUUGGGCGGUGAAAAUUAAUAAAUCAUUGCGAGAUACCACGUUUUGUUUCAUCGUCUCCCUGGCUCUGGCAGAUAUUGCAGUGGGAGCCCUCGUCAUCCCUUUGGCCAUUACUAUCAGCAUCGGACUCCAAACUCACUUUUACAGCUGCCUGCUCGUGGCGUGCACGGUGCUGGUCCUGACGCAAAGUUCAAUCCUGGCCCUGCUGGCUAUUGCAAUUGACCGCUAUCUCAGGGUCAAGAUCCCCACCAGGUACAAGCAGGUGGUGACAACUCAGCGAGCGGGGGUGGCGGUGGUGAUAUGCUGGACGGUGGCUUUCAUCGUGGGGCUCACGCCUAUGUUAGGCUGGAACAACCUGAAGGGCCUUCAGCAGAACGGCUCCAUUAGCUCUGACCUCAUCAUCACCUGCCAGUUUGAAAACGUCAUCAGCAUGGACUACAUGGUCUAUUUCAACUUUUUCGGCUGGGUGCUGCCUCCGCUGCUGCUCAUGCUGGGCAUCUACGCAGAGAUCUUCUACGUUAUUCACAAGCAACUUAACAAUAAGAAGUUCACCACCAGUCACAGCGACCCCAACAAGUACUAUGACAAGGAGCUGAAGCUUGCUAAAUCGCUGGCUCUGGUUCUUUUUCUCUUCGCUGUUAGCUGGCUCCCCCUCCACAUCAUCAACUGCAUCACACUCUUCUGCCCGGACUGCGAGAAGCCCAUAGUCCUCCUCUACAUCGCCAUCCUGCUCACCCACGGAAACUCUGCUGUCAACCCAAUCAUCUACGCCUUCCGUAUUAAGAAGUUCCGCACGGCCUUCAGGAAAAUCUGGCAACAGUACUUCUGCUGCAAAGAUACACCAGCCCUGGAGAUUCAGCCCAGCGACAGGAAAGAGAUGCCCAAUCCAGAGCCACAGCAAGCGACUCCACCUCAGAAGGGAAUCCUAACAUCUGAUCCAACACAACAGGAGCAGCAGCAGGAACAGAGGAACGAACCUCCCCAGCAACCUAGAGAACAUCCGCCCUUACUGGAGCAGAACACAGUCUAACCUGAGGAUCUAAUCAGAAGCUGCAAAGUUUUGAUCACUGCACAAGUGUUGGUUCUCUCCUCAUUUGAAUGUAGUCUAAUGAGGAGCCUGAAGUGCUACAAUGCUUUAGUGGCUGAAGUGACUUGGAUAUAUCCAAGGUACUGGAAGACCAUUUAUCUUUACUCAGGAUGAGUGGAUUUACUGACGGUUUGGUCAGAGCACAAAAAAAGCUAUUUAUUAACUUGCAAUAAUGGAAGUCUUUUGGACAUUGACUGUCUAUCUUAGUAACAGACUGAAGAUUUUAAGCUUUAACUUUUGUUCAUUAGGGUCAAGGAGUGGACAUUACAAAAUGUGCAAUUUAAGUUAUUGUGGUUGGUCAGAAUUGGUUUACCAAAUGUGUUAACCUGCUGUUAAAAGAACGUUUAUACGCUCAAAAGAGCAGAUUCAUCUUACUGUAAUAUUGUGUGUAUGUUGAAACUGGCAGUGGCUGAAGAAUAUGAAUGUAGUUGUAAUGUAAAUAUGGGACUCAGCAGCACAGCUUUGACUGCUCAUCUCUUCUUCAGGUUCUUAAUCGCACAACAGUGGUAGAGCAAGUGCCACGAUGGGAGAGAUGUUUGCAGUAAGGAGGUGUGUGUGUGUUGGCUGAUAGAAGGGUUUUGUAAUCCCUUAACUCUUCUCUACCGGAGCUCUCUGUGGUCCCAGCAGCACUGAUCCAUUACUAAAGAGAUGGACAGGGAUAAGAAACAAGCAGUUGGAGGGAAUUUAACCUUUCAGAAGCGGCAUGGAGGAGACUCGCAGCCGCAGGACGACGACCAAUCAUGGGGGAAAAGACAAGAUGGACUUAAAGCUCUUGUUUAUCCAGCUCCAUCCCAGCUGGUUGUCGAAGAUGUGUUUUCCUUUUUUUCCCGCUACAUUGAUUGAUGAUUAUCACGACUUACCACUAAGAACAGUGGCUUCCAUGGCCUUACUCAGUAUUUCAAUUAGUAAAGACUUCAGUGGAAAAGACAACUUGAAGAUUGUGAGUAUCUUAACUACACUGUAUGUUUAACAUUUUGCAUAAUGCCAAACUGGGGCAUCUGUAGAUUAGUCAUAAAACAAUGUUCAAUGCCACUGACAUAAAAACAUUGUAUGAGAAUGUAAAGUAAUUCUGUUUCGUCUCUUGUAAAGACUCAGAGCUCUGGCCAAGUCAGUUUACUGAUGUUUUCCUAAGUGGGUGACAAUCUUUUAUGGAAGUUUAAGAUAUUCCCCACUGCAGUUUGGACAAGCGUCUCUGGGGAACGACGAGCAAGCAGUGAACAUUUUGAAGUUCAGAUGGGCAAACAAAA